CACCAACAUUUGAUUUAAGGAACGAGAUGAAACUUAUGUUAAGAAUAUUUCUGAUAGUGCUGACAGGUCCCUGGCUCGUCAGCUGCACCAGGAGGCCUCACCGGCCACUGGUGCAGUGUGUCAAGGACCGCCAGGAGCUGCUCGUCCUGAGCAGCACUGGCCUGGCUGAGAGGUUGACCCUCACCCAGAGGGUCACCUCUCUGAAGGAGGCUCUGCAGGGUGCCCAAGAGGAACACCUUGCAUUGAGCCGAGAACACACCGGGCUGCUCUCUGAGCACCUGGUUGUGUUGGACGCCCUCCGCAAGCUGCAGGGCGAGCACCGUAGCCUGCAGGAGGAGCAGGCGGGCCUGCACAGGGAACACCUGGGCCUUACAAAGGGCCACCAGGAGACUGUGCGGGAAUUUGACCGCCUGAAGGAAGACCACGCUGUGGUCCGGAAGGAGCUGCACUGGCUCCAAAAGAAGCACUUCGGCCUGAAGAGUGGUCACUUCAGGCUGAAGAAGGACUAUGCUGAUCUGACCACUGAGAAAGCAAGGCUGAAAAGCGUUGCGCAGCAGAGGGAGCAACACCUGCGCCUUUUGCUGCACGAAAAGGAUCAGCUCUUCCUGGCUCUGCAGCAGAGGGAGGAGGAAAAUAACAUGUUGAAGGAGAGUCUGGUAAGCAUAGCGCGCCAGAAGGAUGAAAAUCUACGCCUUCUGUGGCAAGAAAAGCACCAGCUCUCCAUCUCUCUGCAGGAAAAACAGGAAGAAAAUGACAUACUAAAGGAAGAGCUCAAAAAGAUGAUAAAAGUCAAUGAGGAAAUGAUUCUGAAGGAAAAAGAGGAAGAUUACUUGUUCCAUGAAGAGCUCAGAAGAUUGAUGGAUGUUAACGAGGAAAUGACUGUGCAGGGAAAAGGGGAAGAAGAUGCCAUUCUGCAUGAACAAAUGCAAAAGUUGAUGAAUAUCAACGAGAAAAUGGCUGUGCAGGAAAAAGAAGAUACCAUGUUGCAUGAAGAGCUAGAAAGAUUGAUGGAUGUCAGUGAGGAAUUGGCUGUGCAGGAAAAAGACGGCUUGUUGCAUGAAGAGCUAGAAAGAUUGUUGGAUGUCAAUGAGGAAAUGGCUGUGCAGGAAAAAGACGGCUUGUUGCAUGAAGAGCUAGAAAGAUUGUUGGAUGUCAAUGAGGAAAUGGCUGUGCAGGAAAAAGUCAACUUGUUGAAUGAAGAGCUAGAAAGGUUGAUGGAUAGCAACGAGGAAAUGGCUGUGCAGGAAAAAGACGACAUGUUGCAUGAAGAGCUAGAAAGACUGUUGGAUGUCAAUGAGGAGAUGGCUGUGCAGGAAAAAGACGACAUGUUGCAUGAAGAGCUAGAAAGGUUGAUGGAUAGCAACGAGGAAAUGGCUGUGCAGGAAAAAGACGACUUGUUGCAUGAAGAGCUAGAAAGACUGUUGGAUGUCAAUGAGGAAAUGGCUGUGCAGGAAAAAGACGACUUGUUGCAUGAAGAGCUAGAAAGGUUGAUGGAUAGCAACGAGGAAAUGGCUAUGCAGGAAAAAGACGACUUGUUGCAUGAAGAGCUCAGAAGAUUGAUGGAUGUCAGCAACGAGGAAAUGGCUCUGCAGGUAAAAGAGGACAUGUUGCAUGAAGAGCUCUGGAGAUUGAUGGAUGUUAGCGAAGAAAUGGCUCUGCAGGUGAAAGAGGACAUGAUGCAUGAAGAGCUGGAAAUGUUGAUGGAUGUCAGCGAGGAAAUGGCUGUGCAGGAAAAAGAGGAAGAAGAUGCGAUGUUGCAUGAAGAGCUGGAAAUGUUGAUGGAUGUCAGCGAGGAAAUGGCUGUGCAGGAAAGAGAGGAAGAAGAUGCGAUGUUGCAUGAAGAGCUAGAAAAACUGAUGGAUGUCAGCGAGGAAAUGGCUCUGCAGGUAAGAGAGGAAGAAGAUGCGAUGUUGCAUGAAGAGCUAGAAAAACUGAUGGAUGUCAGCGAGGAAAUGGCUGUGCAGGUAAGAGAGAACAUGUUGCAUGAAGAGAUGGAAAGGUUGAUGGAUGGCAACGAGGAAAUCGCUGUGCUGGAAAAUGAUGCCAUGUUGCUGGAAAGGUUGAUGUAUCUGCAGGUAAAGGAGGACAUGUUGACUGAAGAGCUGGAAAGUUUGAUGGAUGGCAAUGAGGAAAUAGCUGUGCUGGAAAAUGAUGCCAUGUUGCUGGAAAGGUUGAUGUAUCUGCAGGUAAAAGAGGACGUGUUGACUGAAGAGCUGGAAAGGUUAAUUGAUGUCAGCGAGGAAAUAGCUCUACAGGAAAGAGAAGCAGUGAAAGCUGAGGAGCAGGAAAACCGACAAAUGAAUUUUGAAGAAAAUAACUUGAUGAAGAAAGAACCGCUGAAGGAAUUCGUGGAGGAUGAUUACUUUCCCUCUUAUAGCAGUGUGGCAGAAGGACCCACUGAGGCAGACGCGAUGCCUUUAGAGCAUCAAGAUGGCCAAGACGAAAGGCACAAGAUGAGCGUUCCGAUGACCGCCGCCGAGCACAAGGCGUUCAUUACUGGUGAUGAGUCUCAGAGGAACAUCUUGGAAAGCCUUUUCUUAAAGGUACGAGUCUCCCUCUUAGAGAACCAAAAAAUCGUUGACUCAUAUAUGACUUUUGACGCCACAGAGGAAGAGUCUGAGAAGUGACAUCCAUUAAAAACCCUUCCUCUGCGGCGUCGGAUGGAGCAGACGACUUGAGGAGGCUGAGAAGUAACACACUCCCAAGAAAAUCAAAGGAGAACAUUUUACUUUAGUUUCUUAAUGGAUAGAUGGACGACUUGAGGAGGCUGAGAAGUAACAGCCUCCCGAGAAAAUCAAAGGAUAUUUUAUUUCAGUUUCUUAAUGGAUGGACGACUUGAGGAGACUGAGAAGUAACAGCCUCCCGAGAAAAUUAAAUGAUAUUUUAUCUCAGUUUCUUAAUGGAUGGACGGCUUGAGGAGGCUGAGAAGUAACAGCCUUCCUAGAAAAUCAAAGGAUAUUUUAUUUCGGAUUUAAUGGAUGGACGACUUGAGGAGGCUGAGAAGUAACAGCCUUCCUAGAAAAAUCAAAGGAUAUUUUAUUUCAGUUUCUUAAUGGAUGGACGACUUGAGGAGGCUGAGAAGUAACAGCCUCCCGAGAAAAUUAAAUGAUAUUUUAUCUCAGUUUCUUAAUGGAUGGACGACUUGAGGAGGCUGUGAAGUAACAGCCUCCCGGGAAAACCAAAGGAUAUUUUAUUUCAGUUUCUUAAUGGAUGGACGACUUGAGGAGGCUGAGAAGUAACAGCCUUCCUAGAAAAUCAAAGGAUAUUUUAUUUCGGAUUUAAUGGAUGGACGACUUGAGGAGGCUGAGAAGUAACAGCCUUCCUAGAAAAUCAAAGGAUAUUUUAUUUCGGAUUUAAUGGAUGGACGACUUGAGGAGGUUGAGAAGUAACAGCCUUCCUAGAAAAUCAAAGGAUAUUUUAUUUCGGAUUUAAUGGAUGGACGACUUGAGGAGGCUGAGAAGUAACAGCCUUCCUAGAAAAAUCAAAGGAUAUUUUAUUUCAGUUUCUUAAUGGAUGGACGACUUGAGGAGGCUGAGAAGUAACAGCCUUCCUAGAAAAAUCAAAGGAUAUUUUAUUUCGGAUUUAAUGGAUGGACGACUUGAGGAGGCUGAGAAGUAACAGCCUCCCGAGAAAAUCAAAGGAGAACAUUUUAUUUUAGUUUCUCAAUGGAUGGAGCAGACGACCUGAGGAGGCUGAGAAGCAACAGCCUCCCAAAAAUUCAAAGGAUAUUUUCGUUUAGUUUCUUAAUGGAUGGAGGAGGCUGAGAAGCAACAGCCUCCCAAAAAUUCAAAGGAUAUUUUCGUUUAGUUUCUUAAUGGAUGGAGGAGGCUGAGAAGCAACAGCCUCCCAAGAAAAUCAAAGGACAGUUUUUUAGUUCAGUUUCCUAAGACUUUGAGAUUUUGUUUAUUAUCACUUUU